AAGCGUGCAGAAGCAGCGGCCGAACUCCGCGCCCAACUGCUGUUCGGUAAUUUGCUCUCCGUGUGAAUACCUCUUCGGUGCGGUUGUUGGUUUCUCUCAUUUCGGGUUCCCUCGAGUGAUUCAUGUGUGCGUAAGCCGUGUGGAUGAUGCAUAAUGCGACUCCGGGUCCCUCCCCCCGGCGGCCGUGAGCGAAUGAGGUGACGCUGAGGCAGCGGUAGGCGCCGCCCAUGUCGACGCGCAGCGAGCGGAGGGGGCCCAGCCCCCCCGCAGAGGGGAGCCCCCCUGCCGAGGCCCCCCCCAGGCCCCCCUCCUCAGGGGGCGGCAGCAGGGUGCUCGCGGUAGAGGUGCACCUGCUCGACGACACCGUGUCCUCCUUCAACGUCCAGUACAAGGCUGUCGGGAGGGUGCUCUUCGAGCAGGUCUGCAGAGUGAUCAACCUCCUGGAAGUGGACUACUUUGGACUGGAGUAUGCAGAUUCCACCGGCACAAAGUACUGGCUGGACUAUGAGAAGCCCAUGUGCCGCCAGAUGGGGCUGUCCAUGGUCGCCCCCGUCAUGGACUUCUGCGUCAAGUUCUACACGCCCGACCCCGCGCAACUCGAGGAGGAGUUCACAAGGUACCUGUUCAGCCUGCAGAUCAAGCGAGACCUUUCCUUGGGAAUCCUGCAGUGCAGCGACCCGACGGCAGCUCUCCUGGCCUCCUACAUCGUGCAGGCGUCCUGCGGGGACUACGUACCGGAGGACUACCCGGACCACAGCUACCUGUCGACGUACAAGUUUGUGCCCCACCAGAACAAAGAACUUGAGAUCAAGAUCAUGGAUAACCAUAAAAAGCAUGUGGGACAGUCUCCAGCAGAGUCGGAUCUCAACCUGCUCGAAACAGCACGAAGAUGCGAGCUCUACGGCAUCCGGAUGACUGCCGCAAAGGACAACGACGGCCUUCCUUUGAACCUCUCGGUGGCACACAUGGGCAUCAUAGUGUUCCAAAACACCACCAAGAUCAACACCUUCUCGUGGGCAAAGAUCCGCAAGCUCAGUUUCAAGAGGCGCAAGUUCCUCAUCAAGCUCCACCCCGAGGGUUACGGUUACUACAAGGAAACGGUGGAGUUUUUCUUCGAGAGUCGCAACGAGUGCAAGAACUUCUGGAAAAAGUGCAUUGAGAACCACGCCUUUUUCCGUUGCACCGAGGUGAAGAAGACACCCCGACAGAAAACUCGGCUCUUCAGCCGAGGCUCGUCGUUCAGGUAUAGUGGUAGAACGCAGAAGCAGAUUGUUGAAUAUGUUAGGGAGAACUAUGUGAAGAGGCAGCCCUUUCAAAGAUCAACGAGUCUGCGUUUGCCGUCGCGCAGCAGCGUAGGCACUUCAGAUGACGAAGAGGCGGAGCGCGCGCCAGCUGCAGAGGCGUCCGCCUCCACGACUCCGGCGGCGCUCUCGGAGCCCAGUUCUCCACGGAGGGAGGCGGGCCGCGAAACUAUGGCCCCGAGGGCGCCCGCGGAGGCGGGAGGGGCUGUGACGCCGAGCCAGGACACCGACGACAACGUCUCGCACGACUCGUACCGCCUCGAGGAGGGGGAUUCGUCGCUGGCCGCGGCGGCCCCCGGCAGCCCAAUUGCCAUUGAUUUGCACUCCCCGCCGCCACCUCCCUCGCCCUCGUCGACGCGAGAAAGAACGCCGCACAGGGCGGAGAAUGGCAUCGGAGUUGUCGCUCAGAGAGGCCAACAACCGAGGCUUAGCGACGACCUGUCCGCCACGUCUGGCGUCGGUCAGAGUUCGCCUCUCCAGGACCACGGGAGGGACGAGACGAUGGGUGACCUCUCUUCCUCAGCGUCAAGGCUCGACUCCUCUGCAAGCGACGUGCGCCGAAAGAAAUACCCGUGCGAAAAGGCUUAUUUCAUUGCCAAGGAGUUGCUCAUGGCAGAGCGGACGUACAAGAAGGACCUCGAAGUCAUUGUAAUGUGGUUCCGGGAGCGGAUGGAGAAGGGGCACGUGGAGGGAGCACCCACGGAAACCCUGUCGCUGCUUUUCUCGCUUCUGGCCCCGCUGUACAAGCUGCACUGCUGCCUGCUUCUCGACCUGGAGCAGCGCCUGGCCGCCUGGGAGGGCAAGCCCAUUCCCACAAGCUAUUCGAACGUGCAGGGAAUUGGUGGGCUGCUUCUGGACUACCUUCACAUGGUUGAGCUGUACGAGCGGUACAUGGACAAGCUGCCCCGGGUGCUGGAGCGCCUGUGGAGCAGCUGCUGCCACGGCGGGGCCUUCGAGGACGCGUACCGGGACUUUGAGCUCCAGGGAGAGUGCUACCUGCCUCUGGCCGCCUUCCUGCUGCACCCCGUGCACCGGCCCCUGCAGCUGUGCGGCCUCGUGGAGCGACUUCACGGGAGCUACGAGUCCAACCAUUCCGACAAGAACUCCUGCUCGGACGUACUCCACAAGUUGAAGAGGUUCACCAACUCUCACAAGGAAGCCACUCACAAGUUGGAGAAUCAGGUCAAGAUGAUGGAGCUUCAGCGAGAUCUGACGGGCCUCGAUAACUUGGUGCAACCUGGAAGGGAGUUUGUGAGGGAGGGUUGCCUCCAGAAGCUGUCGAGGAAGGGUUACCAGCAAAGAAUGUUCUUCUUGUUCUCGGACGUGCUGAUCUACGCCAGCCGGACGUCUGGGCCACGACUGCAGUUCAAGGUGCACGGGCAGCUGCCGCUGCAGAGCCUCAUGGUGGAGGAGACUGAGCCGAAGGUGGAGGCAGCCUUCCGCUUCACCAUCUACGCUGGCAACAGGGCACUCAUGGUGGCCGCAGGAUCUGAGGAGGAGCGUCGGCGCUGGAUGAAGGACCUCUCGGAUUGCAUCGAGCUGGCAAGAGACCACAAGGACACGGGCCUCUUCUAUUCUAGUCUCAAGUCCUGCAACUCCUCGGACGAGCGACUGGACCGUGCCCCCCAGGAGAGCCCCGCCGGCGGCAAGUGGACGGGCCAGCCGGCGCAGCACUCUAACACCGCCCUGCACCUCUGCUGGCACCGCAACACCAGCAUCGGCAGGCAGCAGCACCAGCAGGCUUUCCUGCACUACCUCAGUGGCUACCUGCUGAGAAAGUUCAAGAACAGCUCUGGCUGGCAAAAGCUCUGGGUGGUGUUUACCAACUUCUGCCUCUUCUUCUACAAGUCUUUCCAGGAGUCUGCCCCGCUGGCCAGCCUGCCACUGCUGGGCUACACUGUGACGGUCCCCGGGCCAGACGACAACAUGAGCAAGGAGUUUGUCUUCAAGCUGCAAUACCGGAACCACGUGUACUUCUUCCGCGCCGAGAGCGAGUAUGCCUUCGACAGAUGGAUGGAGGUCAUCAGCAGUGCAGCCGUAAAAAAACUAAACUGAACUGCAACGUUUUCCUGCUCGUCGUAUCAAGGGCAACAUCAAAAACACGCACGUGUCUUAGCUUGCAAGCAAGCGCAAGAAGUAAUUUUGGAUGCAUAUAUGUUUGCGCACUCUUUAUAAAUUGAUGCACAUUAAGUUGUUGCGCUCAACAGCCUUAUAUACUAUAAGUUUGUCAUUUUCACGUUUGGGAGGCCUGUGCAGUUUCCUCCCAAAAUGCCGACCAAGAAGCAGAAAGGAGGAAACUCCCUCAAUUCCCCUUUCUGAAGGAGGUAGCGAGAAACCAGCUUCUGUGGGGAGAGUAGGAGAGAAGGAAACUGGGAACCGGUUUUCUUCCCAGCAGAUUCUCUAAGUCAGCCUUUAAGGCUGACAUUAACUUUAGAGUACUCUGCCUUGAUGUGCAGAAAAUUUCGUGGAAAGCUUUCUUCUGUAUGUGAAGCAAGCAUUGAACAAAGCACUUGUCAAACAUUGUUGAGUGUCCUUUAAAGCCCAUGAGGGUCAUUUGACCUCUUUUCCUACUUUUUGGUUUACUUUUCUACUGCUACUUGUCUGUAAAGAUGACUUUGCCAGUCUAACGUGCGUAAUAUUUGGGGCCAUCCAUGAUGAAAUGACAAAACUGCCUUUGCAUGGCAGAGCUGAAAUGUACAGAGGGUGUCGUAUUUUGCGUGAACAAGCGAUUGCUGCUUUUUUCCAUUUUUCCCCCAAUGCCUCGUUCGAGCAAAGUGCAAAAAAAGCAACAAUGCCGUGUUCAUGCUGCGUUGCAAAGCGUAACAGUUAUCAUGUAAUUUCAUGCGGCAUGAUGUUUUCUCAGGAUUUUGUUGGCCUACAUUGAGUGCUUGUGCAGCAAAUUACAUGAUUUUUGUGAAUUUUAUAUUUGUAAGGGUGACAGUUUGCACUGAGGCAAAUGGCUAUAAGUUUUUUUUUGUUGCAAAUUGUGAUAAAGGUUUUAAUUUUUCCGAGUGAUAUUUGAUGCAUAAUAUUGGAGUGAAGUAUGCUUCCCUUUUUGCGGUAGUAGCACCUUAUUCAAAAGCUCUUUCUGUAUGUGUAUCUCUUCAUGAACCUGAAUAUUGCAGAAAGCUUAAAUUAACUUUUGUGAGAACCUAAUUUUUUUAGAUUUUAAAAAUGUUACAAAAAUAUUAUCCCCUAAUGAGUAUCAUACCAUGCCACUCGCAGUCACUAAAUUUGGUGCUCAUGAAAUAUUCCCAAUACAGUCUAAGCUCGUUAUAACAGACCCCGUUUUUGACCAAGAUUUCGGUCUGUUGUAGAAGGAGUAUGUUGUAUGCAGAUAUGAAGUUGAGUCAUUGGUGCAUAGAGGAAAACCAGCCGAACCUCACAAAUCGGUAUGUUAUAUCCAAAUGUCUGUUGUAACCAGGUCUGUUGUAAUGAGCUUAGACUGUAGUGGCACCUCGCAAAAUUCGUGAAAUACUCUGCCUGCGAAAAUAAAGUUGUUGACUGUUCUAUAAAUACUGUCAUGUAGUUCAGUUUUCUCAGCUAAGGCUUCUAGUAGUACUGAAAAAGCUUCAAUAGCCUUCAGUUAUUUGCGAGACCUAAAAAAGUGUGAGGGGCUUUUGUUCUCUUUCUUUUAGGUAUGAGUACACUAAUGGGUUUUCAACACACCCACAAUACAGUUUGUGCAAUCUUUUGUUUUUAUACAGUGAACCCGUAAGAGUCCUCGUUAGUGUCUGUUUGACUGAUUUAUUGGCUGCCGGUGGCUUUCUUGAAUGUUUUUCCUGUUAGUCCAUUCUUGUCCAUUCCUCGCUGGGACAGCAGCAGAAGCGAGCAUUUCCAUUUUCUUCUUUAUCAAACGUUUUUGGCGGCCACCUAUUUUUGUAAUGUUGUACUCUUUCGUGCUUUCACAUGAGCUGCGAUGUGCUUGAUACUGGUUGUCACGUUCUUUCUUAUGUCUGUAUGUCAAGCCACAGGGCCGGCCUUAGAAGUGGCCGACCUGGCAGGUUGCCCAGGGUGCCACCAAAAGAGGGGCACUGCCACACCCUUCUCUUGAAUUGUUUUUGGCUUUUUGAUUUAUUUGAACACACCACCCGACACGAUGCUAUGUGCUCGAUCGCCGUUCGUCCUUGGAAUGCAGUUCUCGUCUGACAAAACGCUUGUGUUGGGCCACUACUCGCAUGUUUACUAACAAUGUGAUGUCAUACCUAGUGCAUAGGGGCGUAUAAAAAGGGGUGGGGGGAGGGUAUGGCCGGAGUUUGCCCAGGGCGCCAGGUGGUGUAGGGCCGGCCCUGUCAUGGUACCUUGAAAUUGUAAACGUAAUGAAAGAAAGUGUUAAAAAUUAUGGAGGUGUAAUAAAAUUUGUACUUUGCUUA